CUACUAUUUAUACACAUGGCACACACACAUUUAGAUUAAAACCACCAUUGUUCUUUGUCACAGUAACAAAACAUCUUUAAGGUUCACGAGAGAGGAACAUUUUUCGAAUUAAUGGGGCGCUGGAUGAAACCAGAGGUUUACCCUCUAUUGGCUGCAAUGACCUUUGUCACCACCAUGUGUGUCUUCCAACUAACAAGAAAUGUGCUGCAAAACCCUGAUGUUAGGAUUAAUAAAACUCGACGCAGCAUGGCAGUGUUGGAUAACAGAGAAGAGGGAGAGAAAUAUGCUGAGCAUAGUCUGAGGAAGUUUCUUCGUACUCGACCACCAGAGAUUAUGCCAACCAUUAACCACUUCUUCAGCCAGGAUAAAUGAAACAAAAAUCAACUUUAUCACUUUUGGAAUUUUUGUUUAUAAAUAAACCACUGUUGUUCUUUCUUAAUUGUCUCUAGUGAUCUUUCAUUAUUUUAUCGUCCAGUGAUGAGUAUUUAUAUGUUUUCAUCAGUAAUAAUCGAUGUAUAAUUAUUUUACUUCA